AUGCAGUGGACGGCCACGCGUCCGGAUUCUCUUGCACUUGCCACAGCCUUUGACGGGAACAUUGUUGACGCCUUAACCAAGUUGGGGGCACUGGGACCACUGGAGGAAACUCCGGAAGGUUAUUACAGUAACCAGAACCAAGAUUUUAGGCUUGAAGUCGAUGGAAUACUUACAAAUUUUGAUGCAACAUACGGUCAUUAUGCGAGUUCUAUCGAUGUAAAUACCGGUCUCUUUGUUGCAGAAGACAACUACUCGCCGAAAGAAAUGAUCAAGAAUAACGGUGGAAAAUACCGCGCAGGACAAAUGCCACCCAGCCUCGAUAACUGGGCGGAUGUGACUUACCUACAAUGGCUCCAAGCGGCCACAGAUCUCGGCGGUAAGCCCAGGGACAUAAAUGCCAGACUGCCGAAUCUGAAGUACUUUGCCAGAUUCCAUAUCAUUAACACAGAAUCACAAGGCAUUAUUAAUCAUGCAUUAAAGAACGUGGGGGAACAACUCGGGCCGUGGCCGGGACGCUCAUUUUCUAUGAGGACUGAUGAAGGAAAAGCAAUCCUGGGAAGCCCUAACGGUAGGGGCGUGGCAUUCUUUCUCUAUCAGCACAAGGAUUUGCUCGGUAUAAAAACAGUCGGUAGCGUGACGGUUUUCUCGACAACGGGGAAAGACCCUAAAGGCAACGAUGAAACGUGGUACCAAGCAGUAUUUAUCCUUAGAAACUUAUAA